AUGCUCAAGAAGAAGUCGCUAUCUCCCUCAUUCUUCUGGAAUUCCACCCCCAGUACAACGCCGGAACUGUCUCCCACCUCUUCCGACAGCGAUUCAGACGAGGACAUGGAAUCCUCUGGCUCCCGACCAGUCAGCCUGGCCGUCUCGGCGGGAGCCUUCUGCCCCAUGCGCCCGACCCUGAACGACGUCCUAGCCAACACUGCCCCACCCCCUUACACUUUGAGUGCUUUCAUGGCCUAUCUCUCUCAAAAUCACUGUCUGGAGACUUUGGAAUUCACUCUCGAGGCCCAGCGCUACCGCGAUACCUACCUCUCCUUCGCCGAGCGCCUGGGCCAGUCCACCCUCACCACGGAAACCCCGGAAAGUCAACAUCUGCGCAUGCUCUGGCAGCGUUUAUUGACGGCCUACAUUUUCCCCGGUGCACCAAGGGAAAUCAACCUAUCCAGUGAAGUCCGAGAUGGUCUACUCCGCCACCGAGACGUUUCUCUCCCCCCCGGUGCCAGAAACCCUCGACUCAGCCGUGAAACGCAUCCACGAUCUCAUGGAGGAAUCCAUCUUCCUCCCCUUCCUCAACGCACACACCAUCUCGCCCUCAAUGCCGCCCAUUCCUCAACAAAGGAUCUCCCCGCAACAGGCGUUCGCUCGAAUCUGUCCCUCGGUGCCGUUCACGCCCUGGGGAAGCGAGCCUCGGGCGCUCUCCUCAGUACCAGCGGCGAGUCGGUUUCCCUCGCUUUGACAGACGACUCAAGUCCGCAGUCCAGUCCAACGGCAGAGGAACCAAUGACACCACCGACCACACCUCCCGCCAGCGAUGCCAAUCUCUCCAUGCACAGCCCCCGGCUCCGCACUGAGAACCCCUGGAAAAAGAUGGGCAUGAAGCUGGGCUUCAAAAAGCGAUCCGGCGGCGCCAGUGGCUCCCGCGGUGAUCCUAAAAUUAUCGGUCUCGACUACUGA